AUAAAUGACAUCGUUUUCUUUUAUCUUGUCGGUGAUUUAGAAUAAAACUAAUAAAAGUUCUAAUAUUUUUUCCACAUAUUUGAGCAUUUACACAGCUUUAAGUUAUAAAUUAAUACAAAAAUGGUUACUUUAUUAAAUACUGUAGAUACUGGCCAUGAAGAUAUGAUACAUGGUGCUGAAAUGGAUUAUUAUGGGUUAAGAUUGGCUACGUGUUCAUCUGAUAGCUCAGUUAAAAUUUUUGAAAUUAAAAAUGGUUCGCAAAUUUUAGUAGCGGAUUUAAAAGGUCAUCAAGGACCAGUUUGGCAAAUAGCAUGGGCUCAUCCAAAAUUUGGUAGUAUUUUAGCAUCGUGCUCUUAUGACCGUAAAGUAAUUAUUUGGAAAGACGAUGGCAAUUGGACUAAAUUAUAUGAAUACAAUAAUCAUGAUUCGUCUGUUAAUUCCGUAGCAUGGGCACCAUCCGAAUUUGGACUUAUGUUGGCAUGUGGGAGUUCAGAUGGUUCAAUAUCAAUUCUAUCAUGCAAUACUGAGACAGGAAAUUGGGAUUAUAAAAAAAUUGCUAAUGCUCACACUAUUGGUUGUAAUGCAGUUUCUUGGUGCCCGGCUACUGUACCUGAACCAGCUUUUGAUGCACGUGCUGCAAAAACACCAAUUGUUAAACGUUUAACAUCUGGUGGUUGCGAUAAUUGUGUAAAAAUAUGGAAAGAGGAGCAAGAUAGAUGGGUUGAAGAAAGCAGGUUAGAAGCACACUAUGAUUGGGUAAGAGACGUUGCUUGGGGACCAAAUAUUGGUUUAAAUCGUCAUCAAAUUGCUUCUGCAUCCCAAGAUCGCCAUGUUAUUGUUUGGACUACAGAUGAUAUGAUAAAAUGGACACCAAUAACAUUACACACAUUUGAUGAUGUUGUUUGGAGCGUUAGUUGGUCUGUUACUGGAGGAAUCUUAGCAGUUAGCGGUGGAGACAAUAAAGUCAGUUUGUGGAAAGAAAAUUUUGAUAAUCAAUGGAUAUGUUUGACUGAAGAUGCCAAUACGUCUAGUAAUUUAAAUGAGCAAAGAAAUUUGUGAAGUCAACUUAGAACGACGUAGUAGUUAUUAUUCUUUUAUUUAAAAUUCCAAUUAAAGUUUGAAUCGAAUUAUCAAAAGUUAAUUUUAUUAAAUAUGCGUAUUAUUAAACACCAUCAUCUAAAAUGUAAAAUUGUUAGAAAAUUCUAAAUAAAUCAGAUGGAAAUUAA